AUGAACAAAGAAAAUGAGGUGUUUAAUUUAUAAGAAAUAUAUUGUAAAACACAUUAAAAUAAAAAGGUAAAUUCAUUAUUCAAUUUAAAGGCAAAAUACAAAAUUGUUAGUGUUCCAUUCAAUAAAUCAAAAUUCAAUUUGAUGGAUUUGGUGUGUUCAAAAUGCGCCAUUACACUUAUUAGUUAAGGUUAUAAGGUAUUUUUAUUCAUUUAUGUAGGUUGAGAAUAUAGAAUCAGAUGAAACUCUAAUGAGAUAAGAGUAAAUAUAAUAGUUCCUUGAAACUAUUUCAUAAACAUACAUCAUUAUAAAUUAAAAUCAAUAAAAUUUGCUAUAAAAAAAAGAAGAUCUAACAAAAUUUUGUGAAAUGUAAAAGGAUAAGGUUAAAGAACAUUAUAAUUCAAUGAAAACUGCUUUAGACAAUAAAUUAAAAGAGUAAAUUGAUUAUUUAAAUGAACUUCAAUAUAAAGCAAUUACCUUAUUUGAUUAAAAGUAUUAAGAAAUUAAAGAGACUCAUAAUGAAUUAAUUUAAAUGCAUAAUGAUAUUGAGAUCAAUCUUGAAAACAUAAUUAUUAAAAUGGAAUUAUUACCAUAUAAGCAAAUUAUGGGAUAAUACAAUAAAAGAGUUUCUGAUAUAUAAUAGUGUUUAAAUAAGAUGGGAACAUGUAAAGUAGUUUUAGGAAGAGUAUAUAAAAGAAUGACUGAAAAUAAAAUAUUAGGAGGUUUAUUUGAAGAUUGUGAAUUAGAAAUUAAAAUAGCAUAGACAUCACUUAUGAAAACAGAAUAAACAUUAAAUUCAAGAUUAUUAUCACCUUAAUCAAUGUCUUAAACAAAUAUUUUAAAUCAAACUCCAGAAAAACAAUAAAGAUCAAAUAGUUAAUCAACCAAAUUUUUAGAGAUUUUAAACAAAGUAAAUGAAAAUUAAUUAAAGACUAAUAAUUUUUAUACUUAAUUAUUGAAAGGAGAGACUUCUUUGGAUUUAAGUGAGAGGUAUUGUUCUCCUUCUUUCAAAAAGUGA